AUGGCCGCCGACAUGGAGCGCCAGCUCCUCGAGCACUACAACCUCAAGACGCUCUACCCCUCCGAGUGGCCCACCGAGAAAGACGAAGCAGAGGAUUCCGAUGACGAACCGCAGCCAAACCGGCAGUCUGCCGCCAUCCAGCGCAGGCGCUCCCGCUAUUCCGUGCUCGAGCGAUCCGGCAUCCGUAGCAGCGUGCCUGGCACCGAGAAGACGAAGGAGGGCGUCGACACGCUCGUGCAAAAAGACGAGGCCGAUCCCCUGGGGAAUGCCUCUAGCGUCGUCAACGUCUUACGGCAGAGGGGGCUCCCCGUGGAAGAUGACCUGAAGCUCCGCAAUCGCUUUCUGCUGUCUUCCACUACCUUCAACCCCGGCCUGUUCCUGUCGCAGGUUCACAGCGAUGCCUCCACCGAAUCGCUCCUUCAAGGCCUGGAUUUUCUGUCGCGCUCCAUCGAGAAAAAAUCCGCCUCCCUCAAGGUCCUCGUAGAAUCCAAUUUUGAGCGCUUCGUCCGCGCCAAGACAACCAUCGACAAUGUGUACAUGGAGAUGCGCGACCAGGGUCGAGAUCCCCAGCAGCCACAGGGCCACGCUCGCACCGGGUCCCGCCAGUUCAGUGGCCGCCAAAGCGGUCACUACCGCAGAGCCAGUCAGGCACUUGUCGCUCCAGGACAGGUGCCUGUCGGGGACAAGAGGAAAACGGCUUUGACAAAAGAGUGUGAAUAUGGCGUCCAGGGUAUCAAGACCCCUCUUUUGGAAGUCGCUGUUAAGGCCGAGGAAAUAUGGGGCCCCGCCCUGGGUGGUCGUGAGCGCGGAGAAAUGUUGAAGUCCAUCCUGUCAUCGGUUGAGAAGCACCGGAAUCUGUUCGAGAUUGGAGCAUCGAUUCAGGACUGCAUUAAAAGACGGGACUACGACAUGCUUCCUGAGGAGUAUGGAAAGGCGCGUAGAUACGCAAACGAGGCCAAGAGGAUUGUGGAGAACGCCACGGACAACCGCGUUCCCCUCACGGAUCCGCAGAUUCACCAGGUCAUUGUGACGGCUCGCAUGUGGACCGACGUUGAAGAGCAGAUUGCAGUGUUCAAGCGUGAUGUCUGGAAGAGAUUGGCUGGAACGCAUUUCACGAAGCAGUCUCCGGCCGAGGACGAGAAGCCAGAGCAGCAUAUGACACUCAUCAGGGUGCUCUUGGAACUGGGCGUUGAUGACAACCCGAUCUGGGUCUGGCUCCUCAGCCGCUAUGACUUCCUGAAGACCAAGAUUAUCGCUACUCUGGAACGUUCAAAGGUUGAAAUAGAAAUAUUGCGCCGCCGUCUUGGAAAUGGGGAAAGGCCGACUCCACGACAAAUUGCCACGCACUUGCGAGCUGCCGAAACCCUGGACAAGCCCAACCAGGCGGCGAAGAUUGAUUCGUCAAAGGUCAUCGACUUUUGGGAGUACGAGUUUCAAUCGCUAAAUGCGCUUCUCUCGCCUCAGGGUGGCGUACUGGCAGAGGUCGUUGAAUAUUGGGAGACUGCGCAGUCAUUUAUUGACGGCAAGGCUCAACGAACUUUGCCUAUUGGCCCCGAAGGCAAGAGUAAAGCGCAUCACCGCCUGUCUUCGUCUGGUGUCAUGGACCUACAAACCGGUGCGAAGGAGCUUGUAAACCUGAUCAGAGAGGGCGUACAGUCCUUCUUCACUGAUCCUCCCACUGAGGAUAUUUCCCUGCUUUAUUCUCCUAUCCCGGAUACACCGAGGACUCCUAUGCCUGGUCCAUUGACGCCGGGUCUGGAUGCAAGGUUCAAGAUCGAUGGCAGCAAACCCCCGCCGUCCCCUAAGACUGGCGCUGGAUGGGAAAAGUACGCAUUCUGGGCGCCUUAUUCCAAUUCGCUGAGCGGCGUGCAAUACCUGAGCAAGAUAUUGAUCCUUGUUGGCUCUGCCGCAAGUGAAAUAGCGGCUCUGCGGAUCACGCGUGGUGACCGUACAAACGAUGAGCUAAAACUCUUCGUCGGCACGGUCCGCGAACGCUGUGUGCAAGCUGUCUGUGGUGCCUGGGGAGAGGACGCAGAUUAUGCCAAGUUGCUUGAGGACUGGACGCGCUGGUCUGACAACAAGUAUUUAACCCAUAUGCCUUUCCGGUUUGUGGGCUUGGACAACGCUCUUCUGGCUACUGUGCAGAAGAUGCUAUACUUGUCUGAGGCUAUGACCAGAUCCAGCGCUGGAGAUGUUGUGAUACCUCCUUCAAGCAAACUUCUGGCCAUGGUUCGGAGUCAAUUCGUAACCAGCAUCUACAAAGUUCUUCAGGGCAUGGUGGAGAACGUGGAGCGCCCGAAGAAUUUGGACAACACUGGAUGGGAGGAUGACGUCGAUGGCCUUACCCUGCCACUGCGCACAUUGACAACUCGUGAUCUUAGCUCGAACGCCGUUGACGCAUCAAGCAAGAGCAUCCGUAUCCUUCUUACCCUGUCCAACCUUCAGGCCUUGCGUACCGAUCUUAUCCCUCAACUGAUCGCACAGUACGAACAGCAUUUUUCAGUGAAGCUCGAAGAAGGCGCAAAGAUCGACGACGCCCUGUCUCAGAUCUACGCCCGCCUUUUCCAGUCGUACACUUCACCGAUCAGCAACAAGCUCGCCGCCAUCAUCAAGGCCGGAAUUUCUGCACCCGAGUGGGAGCCCGACACCGACCGGCCCGGCGACGCGCGUGCCUACGUGUACGACGUCUUGCUCGAGCUCGUCGUGGUGCACACGCAAGUGUCGACGACGGCGGCACCGCUCACCAGCCAGAUUCUCAAGUACCUCCUCGAGCAGGUCAGCAAGCAUCUCAUCGAGAGCUUCAAGGCUCGGCCGCGUUACACGCUCGCCGCUCUCAUGCAGGCUACGCUCGACGUCGAGUUCUUGGCUCAGACGCUCGGCAACUAUACCACGGACAAGGCGAGCGAGAUCCAGAGCGCCAUCUACCUGGCCUUGGACGAGCGCACGGAUAAUGAUGCAAGGGUGAAGUUGCAGACGGAGUUGGGUGAGCUCAGAGUGAUUCUGAAGAAGCUCAGAGAGGCGACGAAGAGUGAAUUUGCUUGUUUCAAGCGGGCUAGAGGCCAUACCAAGAGCGAACGGCCAGCUUCGUAA